AUGUCCUUCUCCGGCCGCCGAGUGAGCAUCCUGCGGCCCUCCACCGACCGCCGCCUCUCCACCGGCAAGGGGCUGUCCGACAACGAGCAACGCUCCGAAACCCAUCGUCAAUUCCGCACCGCCCACGAGGGCCACCGACCGCAUGCCGGCCUCGACGCCUCGCGAGCCUCCACGGGCGUCGUCUGGUGCACAGAGCGAGCGACCGAGCAUGGAUUCGCCGAGGACCCGUCCGCCUGGGCCAACCUAGGCCAGGGCGCCCCCGAAGCCGACGACGGGAUCGAGGGCAGUUUCCCACGCCCGACCUCUAUCCCAAUCACCUCCGCCGCCCGCGAGUACGGUCCGACGGCCGGGAUCAAGCCGUUGCGUGCUGCCGUGGCGCGCCUGUACAAUGAGCAUUAUCGCCAGGGCAAGGAGAGCCAGUAUACCUGGGAGAAUGUCUGCAUUGUCCCCGGUGGCCGCGCAGGUCUGAUUCGCAUUGCGGCUAUUCUGGGCAAUUCGUACCUCUCUUUCCCUAUCCCGGAUUACUCGGCGUAUUCGGAGAUGUUGACACUUUUCAAGAAUAUCGCUCCCAUCCCGAUUCCCCUAGCUCAGGACGACCACUACCACAUCCACCCGAACAAGAUCGCUGAGGAAAUCGCCCGUGGCACACAGGUGCUGCUAACCUCUAACCCUCGCAACCCGACGGGUCACGUCGUUUCGCAGGACGAGCUAGCCGAGAUCCAGGACAUUUGCCGGGACCGCGCGACACUCAUCCUCGACGAGUUCUAUGGUGGCUACAACUAUACCACCGAUUGCGACGGUUCCACGAUCAGCGGUGCUGAGCAUGUGGUCGAUGUUAAUAAGGACGAUGUUCUCCUAAUUGACGGUCUCACCAAGCGCUUCCGCCUGCCGGGCUGGCGUAUCGCGUGGGUGGUCGGACCGAAGGAUUUCGUCGAUGCGCUAGGCUCCGCAGGCUCGUACCUUGACGGCGGUGCCAACGCACCCUUUCAAGAGGCCGCGAUCCCAAUGCUCGAGCCGUCGCUGGUGCGUGAGGAGAUGAAGGCGCUGCAGGUGCACUUCCGCGAGAAGCGCGACUUCGUGCUGAAGCGGCUCGCCGAGAUUGGAUUCCGCAUCCAGGACGUGCCCCAGGCCACCUUUUACAUCUGGCUGGACUUGACCUCCCUCGAUCCUCCGCUGCCCAAGGAGGCCAACAUCUCUGAUGGGCUGAACUUCUUUAAUGCCUUGCUAACCGAGAAGGUCAUCGUGGUGCCUGGUAUCUUCUUUGAUCUGAACCCGGCCAAGCGCAGAGAUCUCUUUGAUAGUCCCUGCCACCACUUUGUGCGUCUGAGCUAUGGGCCCAAGAUGGAGGUUCUGAAGAUGGGUCUUGAUGGUAUUGAGCGGGUGAUUAACCGGGCGCGCCAGAUGGGCGGCAAGCCGAGUUGGGACGAUGAGGUUGCUGUUGCGGAUGAUUAG